AUGUCAGCCUCGAGGGCCACCCUGCGCUCGCUGCCUCCCCGUGUUCCCUGGUGCUGUCACCACCAGAUCCGCCUUUCCCGCGGGCAGGCGGCCGUGCCGGUAUACAUUAUCAAAGUCACCUGGUCCAAUGGGUCCACAGAAGUCAUAUACCGCCGGUACAGCAAGUUCUUUGACUUGCAGAUGCAAAUGCUGGACAAGUUUCCAAUGGAAGGAGGUCAGAAGGACCCCAAGCAAAGGAUCAUCCCUUUCCUGCCAGGGAAGAUCCUCUUCCGCCGAAGUCACAUCCGAGAUGUCGCGGUCAAGCGGCUGAUACCUAUUGAUGAGUACUGCAAGGCUCUGAUCCAGCUGCCUCCCUACAUCUCUCAGUGUGAGGAGGUUCUUCAGUUCUUUGAGACAAGACCUGACGAUUUGACUCCCCCCAAAGAAGAACCCAUUGGAAAGAAGAAGUCUGGAGCUGAUUCUGCAUCGGUCGAUCCCUUGGUGCUGGAGCAGUAUGUCGUGGUGGCGGACUACCAGAAGCAGGAGAGCUCCGAGAUCAGCUUGUGCGUGGGCCAGGUGGUGGAUAUCAUUGAGAAGAACGAAUCAGGCUGGUGGUUUGGUGUCCAGGACGAAUUCUCUAUGCAGCCUGAUGAAGAGGAGAAGUACACAGUUAUUUACCCGUAUAUCGCAAGAGACCAGGAUGAAAUGAACCUGGACAAAGGGGCUGUGGUGGUGGUGAUCCAGAAGAACUUGGAGGGCUGGUGGAAAAUCAGGUACCAGGGCCAAGAAGGCUGGGCCCCCGCCUCCUAUCUCAAAAAGGGGAAUGGAGAGAUGUUUUCACAGAAGCUGGGGUCAGGCUCCUCCACUCAUUCAUGUGCCUUGGAUCUUGAUGGCAUCUCCCGGCAGCAGAAUGUGGCAAGCCGAGAGAAGGAUGGGCUUGCCAGCCAGAGAGAUGGGAGAUUUGACAGCCGUCCCCUGCCUAAUGCUGACAUUCGACGCAAGUCACCAAAGAUGAGGCAGAGACCCCCUCCUCGCAGAGAUCUGACCAUACCACGUGGUUUGAACCUGCCUAAGCCUCCUGUCCCUCCUCAAGUGGAAGAGGAAUAUUACACCAUAGCUGACUUCCAGACCACCAUCCCAGAUGGCAUCAGCUUCCAGGCAGGAAUGAAAGUAGAGGUUAUUGAGAAGAACCUGAGUGGCUGGUGGUACAUUCAGAUUGAGGAGAAAGAAGGCUGGGCUCCUGCUACAUUUAUCGAUAAAUACAAGAAAACAAGCAACGCGUCCCGGCCAAACUUCCUGGCUCCGUUACCCAACGAGAUGGCCCAGCUCCGCAUUUCCGAUGCCGCAGUGGAAAGCAGUGCCAAUGACGAAACCACUGGACCAUGCAGACCUUUGCCAGAGGCUCCCCCAAAUGGUAUGGACUGUGGAAUGAAAUGGGCCAAAGAUUGGAAGGGGAAGGAGGCCACUGAGAGUGUGGACAUGGCCUUCAGCUCUGGAUAUGAGGAGAUCUCGGACCGUGAUGUGGAGGAGAAGCCCAGCCUGCCACCCAGGAAGGAAUCGAUCAUUAAAUCAGAAGGUGAGUUAAUGGAAAGGCAGAGACCUCCUCCCAAGCCUCCAGGCGUGAUUUUGCCCAUGAUCCCUCCAAAGCAGUCAGCAGUCCCGAAGGACAGUAAGAAGCCAGAGCUGAAAACAGAGAAGGGCAAACUGUUCCAGCUGAAAAACGAAAUGGGACUGGAAUGUGGACACAAGGUGUCAGCCAAGGAAGUGAAGAAGCCAAAUCUCCGACCUAUUGUCAAGCCAACCAAGCCAAAAGUUGAGCCCUUGGAGGACAAACCUGAACCACUUAGCCAGAAUCCUUUCUUGAAAUCAAGACCCCAGAUUAGGCCAAAACCUGCUGCAGCCCCUCGGGCUGACCCACCUCCAACUGAUGAUAAACUGGACAUUUGUAGCCUGCGAAGCAAGCUCAGACCUGCAAAGUGCCAAGAGAAACUCCCUGAGCAGGACACAGCUGCCAGUGAAAACUCUUUCAGUAAUACCACGGUUCCCUCAGAGACUUCUGGAAGGUUUCAAGAGAGACCGAGUGUGGAGAGUAAGCCCCUGCCUAAACUGGACAGCCACAUUGCAAAGGAAGCCCUGCCCAAAUGUCCUCUGGGCCCAGCAAAGGUAGCUCACCCUGAGCCAAAGGGUGACCACCCAACUCCUAGAGAACCCCCGCCUCAGCGGCCCGUUGUGCCGCCUCGUAGACCACCGCCUCCAAAGAAAACAGCGUGUCCUGCGUCCGGCCCCACGCCAGAGCUGAAGACCCCAGUGCGGGAAGCGCCUGAGAUCAGAUCUUCUGCCGUGCCAGGCCGGCCCAUGCUGGUUCCACCGAAAGCCAAACCGUUCCUGUCUGCUUCAAGCCAGGAUGAAGCCAAAGUGAAAAGCAGCUUAGUCCCAAAGGUAGUAUCGAAGCCGGUAGAGAGAGGGGAAGCCAAGGAGAGGACCUCUGCCCCCUUCUCCAAUCUGGACAUCUCCAAGGAAGCCCUCUAUGUAGCAGUGGCAGAUUUCGAAGGCGAUGAGGAGACCAACAGCUUUAAAGAAGGGACUUUAUUUGAAGUUCGUGAGAAGAACAGCAGUGGCUGGUGGUUUUGCAAGGUCUUGACUGGGGGGCCCUGUUGGGAGGGCUGGAUCCCUUCCAAUUAUCUAAGAAAGAAGCCAUAGCCUAUCCUCUGUUUACAUAGUUGGAGGUUCCUUGUUCUCUCACCUGAGUAUUUAAUUAGCUUAUUAAUUUAUAGUUUGCCAUAAGGCUGGCUUUAAAAAAAAAUGAAAAGAAAGAAAAAAGAUACCAUACAUUCCAGUUUGUCCCCUUCUGAGGUAGCGU